UCCGCGCGCGGCAGAUUCGAAGCGGCGCGGGGAAUGGACGAGGCGGUGGGCGACCUGAAGCAGGCGCUGCCCUGCGUGGCCGAGGCGCCCGCCGUGCACGUGGAGGUGCUGCAGCGCGGCGGCAGCACUGCAAAGAAAGAAGACAUUAAGCUGAGCGUCCGGAAGCUGCUCAAAAGGCACAACAUCGUGUUUGGUGACUACACGUGGACCGAGUUUGAUGAACCUUUUCUGACCAGAAAUGUGCAGUCUGUGUCCAUUGUUGACACAGAACUGAAGGCUAAAGACCCCCAGCCCAUAGACUUGAGUGCCUGUGCGGUCGCGCUCCACAUCUUCCAGCUGAAUGAAGACGGCCCCAGCAGCGAGAACCUGGAGGAGGAGACAGAAAAUAUCAUCGCAGCAAACCACUGGGUGCUGCCUGCAGCUGAGUUCCAUGGGCUCUGGGACAGCCUGGUGUACGACGUGGAAGUCAAGUCGCACCUCCUGGAUUACGUGACGACGACCUUGCUGUUCUCAGACAAGAACGUGGACAGCAACCUCAUCACCUGGAACCGUGUGGUGCUGCUGCACGGGCCUCCAGGAACUGGGAAGACGUCCCUGUGCAAGGCCCUGGCCCAGAAGCUCACCAUCAGACUGUCGAGCAGGUACCGGUAUGGCCAGCUAAUUGAAAUAAACAGCCACAGCCUCUUCUCUAAGUGGUUUUCAGAAAGUGGCAAGCUGGUGACCAGGAUGUUCCAGAAGAUCCAGGACCUGAUUGACGACAAGGAAGCGCUGGUGUUCGUGCUGAUUGACGAGGUGGAGAGUCUCACAGCAGCACGCAGUGCCUGCAGGGCUGGUGCCGAGCCCUCGGAUGCUAUCCGCGUGGUCAACGCCCUCUUGACCCAGAUCGAUCAGAUCAAAAGGCAUUCCAACGUGGUGAUUCUGACCACCUCCAACAUCACCGAGAAGAUCGACGCAGCCUUUGUGGACAGGGCUGACAUCAAGCAGUACAUCGGGCCGCCCUCUGCUGCAGCCAUCUUCAAGAUCUACCUCUCCUGUCUGGAGGAGCUGAUGAAGUGCCAGAUCAUAUACCCCCGCCAGCAGCUUCUGACUCUCCGAGAGCUAGAGAUGAUCGGCUUCAUUGAAAACAACGUGUCCAAGUUGAGCCUCCUUCUGAGUGAAAUUUCAAGGAAGAGCGAGGGCCUGAGUGGCCGGGUCUUGAGGAAGCUCCCUUUCCUGGCUCAUGCACUAUACAUCCAGGCCCCCACCGUCACCAUCGAGGGCUUCCUCCAGGCGCUGUCUCUGGCGGUGGACAAGCAGUUUGAAGAGAAGAAGAAGCUCUCACCCUGUAUUUGACCCUGGGUGGCAUGUCUGUCUCAGCUGCCCUCUGGAACCCACUAACCUACCGGGGUGCACAGGCCAGAGCUCGGGCACAGGUGCCUCGUCGGAGCCAGGACCUGUUCUCGUCAUCUAAAUGCGUGUCAGAGGCAAGCAGCCUGUUCUCUUCGUUGUUUUUAGAAGAUAGUUCAAAUUCCGUUGGCCUCUUUGUAAAGAACUGUCUCAAUGUGUCUGUUUCCAUCCUGUCUGGCCAGUCAGACGCAGGGUGCUCACCAGAGCUGUUGAGAGAAGGGAAGUGGAGCAGGCCUGACCCUAAGCCAGCACAGAGGUGGGAGGGCCCAGCCACCUUCCAACCUGAGUGAUUUAACGGGUCAAGAAAACUGUUCCCAUGUAGCAGAAGUUGGGAAGGAGAUUCCAGGCAGGAAGCCUUGCGUGGCCAGGUGCUGCCUGUUGGAGGGCACUGUGCAAAUGCUCCUGGCCAAGCACCCUACCCCGGCUGAGCCUGCUGGUGCAGG